UCCUCUGCUGCUGCUGCUACCUCCAGACCCCAUUCUGUUGACAUCUUUAUCGAUUUUGUUUGUCCCUUCAGCGCUAAAUUACUAAUCAACUGGUACAAUGAUUUCAUUCCAUUGAUUGAGAAAACCUAUCCAAACCAGUUCCAGUUCAUCUUAAGACCCCAGGUCCAACCAUGGCAUGCAAUUGGCUCAGCUCUUACAAUGGAGACCAUUCUAGCUGUUAAUCAGAUCCAGCCCGAUCAGGUUUGGAGUGUAGCUCUUUAUUUAAUGAAAAAUCAAAGAGAUUAUUUUGAUACCGCCGUUAUAAAUGAAAACAAAAAUCAAAUCUUGUCUCGAUUAGCAAAUGCAGUUCAGUUAUCAACCAACAACCUAAUCACUGCUGAUCAAGUUUACAACAUCUUGUUUAUUAGAAACAAAAAUGACAAUGAGCCAGUUCACCAAAAUUUAGAUACAAAAAUCACCAACAAUUUGAAAUACUUUACCAGAUUUUCAAGACAAAAUGGGGUUCAUGUUACUCCAACCAUCUCGGUCGAUGGUGUUAUCAAUCCUUCAAUUGAAUCCUCAACCAAGGUGGAUGAUUUACUUAAAAUAUUU